AUGGAAGAUUCAAACUUAUUUUUUACCGACACAAGCCCGGAGAGUCUAGAAAUGGACCGAGAUGACAAACCACCUUUCCGUCAACCACAGUUAGAAAGCCUGAGCCAUAAAUUACAGGCCCACUACAAAAGGAGGUUUGGCAGCUCUAAAGUUGAGGUGCCACCAAAUCCUCUACCCCCAGAGUUGUUUGGCAGGAUAGCCCUGCCACUGUUCCUGCUGACAGUGUUUUCCAGUCUUAAGCUGACACUGUUCGACAUCAUACCUCUGUUGUAUGCAGGACAGGAUGGAGCCGUGUUCUUGCAGCGGUGCCUGUGUUGUUUCUUGUUCAUGGAAAUCAUGAUCAACUGGCUGGGCAUUCGAUAUGUGGAUUCUUCAUACCAGAAAUAUAUCAAAACAGAUGCCAACUUUCCAUCUGCUGAACAGAAUUUUGCUAAUGAAAAAAUGUAUCUGGAAAAAGAAGCGGAAAGUGUUAACCAGUGGAUGAUUGAACAGAAUGAACAGGUUAACAGUCGAUCUAUUGCUGACCUUAUCUCUGUUUCAGAGAACAGUAAAGUUAAUUUGUUGUUACAGCAAGAAAAGAAAAAUAGACCAGAGACACACUUAGACAUCAUAAAUUUAAUGACACCCAAACCGGUCAUAAAAAGAAUUGGUAAAACUGUAACAGAGUCUUAUCCUUACUGGUCUUGGGUUCCAUGCUAUGCAUGCCGACGCACUCGGCCACCUAGAUGUCAUCACUGCCCAUUAUGUAAAACAUGUAUUCUUAAACGAAACCAUCAUUGUUUUUUUGCUGGUUCGUGCAUCGGCUACCGCAACCAUCGUUUCUUUAUUGUGUUUCUGUUCUGGGCAUUGAUUGGCUGUGUUUAUGCUACACUUCAUGUUAUUACAUACAUAUCACUGGAACUCUGGUCGCAAAUGUCAUACUCUGACAUUUUCUUUCCUGUGGCAGUUAUAAGAUGGAUAUUCGGAUACUUAUCUUUCCACACGCUUUUAUUAAUGAUAACAGUAACAUUUCUUAUCAUGUUUAUUUUUAUCACCACAGGUUAUCUUUUUUCUGAGUUUAGAAAUAUCUCUCAGGGGUUAACUACAUUUGAAAAGUUGUGCUUGAAACGUUCACUAGAAAUAAGGGAUACCAGAAGAUUAAACCAGAAAAUCAGAGCCAUAUUUGGCAGAUAUUGGCUUUUGAAUUUUGUAUUUCCCACUCAUUUCUUUCUGAAACCAGAGGAAGACCCCAUUUAUUGGCCUCACAUUCAAAUUAUAAAACACUGA